CAAUUUGGUUGCCGAAGUUUCUUCAAAAUGGUUGGAGAAGAGCAGAAGGAAAGGAGGUCUACUGCCAAUCUGAAUUCAGUAUUUUAUGCAGAAUCAUACCAUCCAAUUCAAGCUGGAAGCAUCGAUGGCACUGACAUCCUUCCCCAUGAUAACGCCAUUUACAGAGCUCUUCUUUGCUCUAAUGCCGGCUUAUAUGACCCUUUUGGUGACCCAAAGGCUAUUGGUGAUCCUUAUUCUACUCUCUUUGUUGGUCAUUUGUCUCAGUUUACCACUGAACAGACUCUUCAAAAGGAAAUGAACAAGUAUGGAAGGGUGAAGAACUUAAGAAUUGUUAGACACAUUGUAACGGGUGCCUCACGUGGUUAUGCAUUUGUUGAAUUUGAAACAGAUAGAGACAUGCGACGAGCAUAUACGGAUGCUCAUCACAAGGUUAUUGAUGAUUCUGAAAUAAUAGUGGACUACAACAGGCAAAGGUUAAUGUCAGGCUGGAUUCCAAGAAGAUUAGGAGGUGGUCUUGGCGGAAAGAAGGAAUCUGGGCAACUUCGUUUUGGAGGUCGUGAAAGACCAUUUCGUGCUCCACUACGGCCAAUUCCGUGGGAUGAUUUAAAGAGGCUUGGUAUACCACCACCUCCUGAGGGAAGAUACAUGUCACGAUUUCAGGCUCCAUCACCACCCAGGCGAGCAAGAAGCUUGGAGGAUGCUAGAGACUCUUCUCACAAGCAUGAUAAAAGAAGCAACCAUUCUCAUAGACAGGACAGGUCAAUAAGUCGAGAGCGCUCAUCUGGAAGACAGGAGAGGUCCAUGGACAAGGAAGAUUUCUCUCAUAGACAGAGAACACAUGGAAGGAAACGAGGUGAUCGAAGGUCCCCCAGCCAUGAUCAUUCAUCGGAUAGGAGUUCAAUGGACAGAAGCAGACAUUCUCGCAAGCGCCAAAAGAGUAGCAGAGACAGGCAUGACAUGAAAUCUCCCAGUCUUGAUCAUUCAUCUGAUGAAACUUCAACGUACAGAGAAGAACGUCGUCAAUCACACAAUGCACGAGAUGACAGAUGGUCUCCAAGAACAGAUGAUCCAUUUGGUGACACUUAAAUAUCAGGAAGAACAGCAUAGACCACAUACUAAGCACUCAUAUGGUGGUGAUGGCUGAUGGUCCCCUAGCCGAGAUGUACCUUUUGAUGAAGCUUCUAUUCAAGAACAUGAACCACAUUCGUAGAAGUAAAACUCGUGGAUGAGUGAGAAUAUACGAAUAUUUUUGUUAGAUGAUUUCCCCUUAAGUUCUAACUUCUAGCUUAGGUAGUUUUGCUUUCUAAAAGAGUAAUUUUAUGGGCAUGACUCCCCCAUAGUAUGUUAAAGCACUCUAUUCCUCAGAUUCUGGAAAUGUUGUAAAAGAUAAACAAUCUUGCUUCAAAAAUGUUUCGUUUUGUUCGU